AUGGUAAAUGACGACCACAACCGCAUGAUCUUUGCUAAGGUCACAAGUUUGGUCUGGCAAGACCUUCAGAACAUGGCCAACAGCGACUGCCUUGUGAAUUGCAAGGUAAAAUGGAAUAAGCAAUCACUUUUCACAUUUGCAAAGGAGAUGUACCAUGGAUUCAAAGAAGACUGGCAGGCCCAGAACAAUGCCAAGAAGAAAGCUGCCAAAGGUGUGAACCAGCAAAACAAUAGACAUGCUCAAUGUCACAAAGAAAAAGCAGAUCAGCUUAUGACAGCAUGUCAGGCUUACAUCAAGAAAUUCAGUGUUGAUCUGGUGGACCUUGUGCAUGCAGAUCAUAUGUCAGAUGAAGCAUCUGGACCAGAUGAUGAUGAGUUGGAGGAUGGUUGGAAGCGAAGGAUGGCAGAGAAAAUGGGAAUGCCUGCCAACUCACAAGUUGAAAACUUGUCAUUCCUGGAGGUUACAAGAAGCCCCUGGAGAUCUGACAAACGUAUCCCUGAUUUUACUCCCUAUACCUUCGGCAUCAACAUAGAAUGGCUUGAGGCCAACAAAGAUAGACUAGAGUAUCAAGACUUACUCAAGGAAUGGGGUGCAUGGGAGGAUCCAGAAGGUUUUGGUUUGAAAAAAAGGGAGCAUCAGGACAAUCAAGGCACUCCAAACAAUGAAGUUGAUGAGGACAAUGCUAGAAAGAUGGAAGGAUGA